AAAGAUGGCGUUAGCGGCUAACACAGGCGAUUGCUUUUUGUGUCACACAAACUAUUUGGUCGGAUGCGGCACGGCAGCGAGUAAUCAUAGCUUUGCCUCGUCACUCAGUGUGUAAAAAUAUGUUCCAUUUGGCAAACACUCGUCAGGAAGCCGGAAAAACGAUUGGCUGGCCUUCGACACGACGUAGGCCUGUUUUGCGGGGAGCGGAGGGGAAGCGGCUGGGACUCCAUUUCCCAUGAGCAACCGCGGCAUCAGGUGGUACAGGCUUCUUUUCCAUCCUGGAACGUGUCUUUUUCUAACCAUUGUCCGGAAGCCAUCUCGAGCCUCUUCCAGCAGGGAAGGAUCGCCAUCUGCGCCAGAGUCCUCCUUGACCUGGUGCUUGGCCCACCUGCACAAACCGCCACCUGACUCGGGAGGAGAACUGGACAAGAGGUCCAGAUUCUCCCAAUGGCGGGCGUUGGUAGCCAUCCGAACGCAGCACAUAAAAGGCGACAAGGCCGGCAUCACCCGUUUCCGGACACAGGGGGGUCUGCGGCCCUUGCUGGACCUGCUCAGCCAACUAGAGUGCUCCAGGAAGACUCUGGACCUAGCCCUGAGCAUCCUGGCCAACUGCUGCACUGAACUGGAGACGCGCAUCGAGGUCCGCAAGCUUGACGGAAUAAAUAUUGUUGUGGAUGUGAUGAAGAGGAACGUGGCCCAGGAGACCAUCCAAAACCGAGCUGCACGGGCUUUGGGGAAUCUGGCCAUGGACUCCGAGAGCUCGGCGCUCAUCCACUCGGCCGGUGGUGUUCCUCUCCUCCUCCUUUGCGUGUCUCUGUCGUCCGCCCCGUCCUCGCCCACCGCCGCGCAGCCCAAAGACGCCUGCCCCAAGCUGGAGUGCGCCCAGUCCGCCUUGCGGGCCCUCCUUUACCUCUCGGACACGCCCGCCAACCGCCUGUCUCUGCUCACCCAGUGCACCCUGUCGGCCCUCGCCCCUCUCAUUGCCCCGGAGUACCCCCAAGGUUUGCGGCGGGCGGCUCUCAGGACCCUCCAUGAGCUCACCCGUGGCUGCGGCCCCGAAUGCGCCAGGGAGGUGUCCCGCUCGGGUGCCCUGGCGCAGCUCGGCGUCAUGGCAUCCGGAGAGGCCGGGAAGCCCUUCGAGGAGCUGGCGCUGAAGACCUUGGCCAACCUGUGCUCCCAAGGAUGCUUGCGCCCCUUAGUGGGCUCCCUCGGGGUCAUCCCGAGGUUCACGGCGGAGGUGAAGAAGGACCCCCUCAAGUCAGGGGUCUUCCUCAAGUCGCUGUGCCUGUGCUGCAAGGAGGCGGUCAACCGCGCGAAGGUGAAGGAGAGCGGAGGGCUGGAGGCAGUUGUUGGCUUUCUGGCGGCGCACCCGAGUCACCCCCUGGCUCGCCUCGCCAUUCUGGCCUGCGUGGACUUUGUCUUUGACGAAUCGGCCAUGGAGCAGCUGCAGGAGCUGGGGCUGGUACACCUGCUGGUCGCCCGGCUGGUGGCGCUCACCACGGGAGAGAAGACUGAGGCGGCCGGCGGCGGCUUGUCGGGAUCGUCUCACGCCGAGCUCCUGUCGCCGUCGUGCUUCGAGUCCUUCGACUUUGCGCCUUUUGAAGGCUGCAAGAAGGAGGAGGGCGGCAGGGAACAGGGCUCGUCAAGCUUUUUAAGUCUCAGGUCCUGGCUGCUGUCCGAGGGUAUGAUCUCCUCUGAAGAGGACUUGCUGGACUCCUCGAGCAGUGCCGAUGGGGAUUGGGUGGCGUCACCCCCUCAAAGCUCCCCGAACCCCGACUGCCUCGUCCCACUUAAAACAUCUUCUCCUUUUAAUGCCAAUACCGCAAAGAAGGAUGCUUCAAACUCUUCUUCGUUGCCACGGAAAGCAGUUGAUUCGCCACCCUGCAGCCCCCCCACCAUGACCCCCUCCUCUAAAGCCACCCACCCGGCAUCCCCUUCCAAGUUCUCGUCGCCCCACAGAAGGCGGCAGCGGGCGUACUCGGCAGUCACUUCCACAGCGAAACUCUCCAUUGAUGCGCCUCCGUCCGCACAGCGGCCCUUCGUUUACCACCACCCGUACCACCCCGAACCCUGGACACCCGAGUCGCCCGUCCUGCUGCUGCUGUCACGCUUCUCCUACGCCGCGGACCCCAGCCCUGCCCUGGUCACCUCUGACACCGUGAGGGGCCUGCUGCGCUACCUCAGCCAGCACCAGGACCCCAGCAGCCGCUGCUUCCGCCUUCUGUGCCGCCUCAGCUGCAACCCCAGCUGCCUCCAGGCGCUCCUCCGCACCGGAGCCGUGGCGCUCAUUCGCCACCACCUCUGCCAGAGGGGCGAAGGGGCCGGGCGGCAGCAAGACCGAGUGAGGGCCAAGGUUAAACAGCUCGGUGUGACUCUCCUCAACAAUGUGCACGUCCAGUGCGAGUCUGCAUUUGGCGCGGGGGUCCUCGCACACGUCAUGCUCUCGGGCUCGGAGUCGGACCGACUCAACUGUGCCCUUUCUCUGCCCUUAAUCAGCAGCAACAAGCCUUUGUUGCGUAAACUACUCCUGGACUCUGGCGGCCUCCGUUUGGCCCUGCAGCCGCUCGGUUGCCACGACGACGCAGACAACCACACCGCCGACUGUAGACGUCUGCUUUCCGCCUGGCCUGACGCCUCGCUCCAUUCGCUAUACUUCUCCCUCCUGAUUGGCUGCUUUUCACCCCUGGUGUCCAGCAUCAAAUUGCACCCUGAUACCCGAUGCCAGAUUAAAUUUAGUCAAACUGACUCAACGGUGCCACCUCCCUCCAAAAAGCCUCGCUACACCGUCGUCUGCCCUUAUGCCAUAUCCGACUUUGACCUCCUGCUGCUCCUGGAUGACGGCACGGAGAUCCCAGCCAAUAGGGAGGCCGUGGCCGGGGCGGGCUCGGAGUACUUCAGGGCUCUACUGAAAGGCGGCUUCGGGGAGGCCAAUUCCGGAGAAACCAUCCGCAUUAAAGACGUGACUGAAGGCAUGCUAGUACCGGUGCUGCACCACCUACACGGGUGCCGGCUGGAAGCAUUGAGCCAGGCGGAGGAGUGCCAGGUUUUGGACUCAUUGGUUCUGGAGGGGCUCGCUUCCUGCCAGUUGGAGGAGCCAACCUUCCAGAAAUCCCCGUUAGGCGAGACCAUGACGGGAGCGUGCAGAUUCCUGGCCACGGAGCUUCAGAAAGAGCUGGAGGAGCUCUGCGUGGCCCGACUCUUGUCUGAAAUGGCUGUGACAACCCAUGUUGAGGACCAUGCAGCGGCACCUCCUGCAGGAGGAGACCAGGACACCACAGAGGAACACCUGGCCAGCAGGACCUCAGAGCUGGAUCUGACGUGCGUUCAGUUGCAAAUUGAGACUCUGUUAGAGAAGAGCGUCAAAAAAACGACAACUUUCAUUCAUAAAAAAGAGAGCAAAAACAUCCCGGGAAGAAAAGCUGGCACUAUUUGUCGAAUUAAAAGUUUGAAACCAUUUGCCGAAAAGGAGAAGUCGGAGUUCAAAAGCUCAGCUCAGCUCCUCAAAGCAACAUUUCCAGACUGCCUCAAACCCUCGGAGGAAGAACCAGAGGGAGGUACGAGCGGGGUCCCGACUGCCCUACUGCCGCAGGUGUACUGCUUUGCGCAGCGCUACAACUACCCGGCGCUGCGUCGGGCCUGCCUCGCGCUGCUGCUGGGCUGUCGGGAAGCAGGGCAGGGACCCUCCUCCUCAGCCUGCGAGGCCACGGACUGUCUGCGAGAGGCCGCGGGGCAGGCUGACUGCAUAGACACGCUUAAGCAGGAUCUUCUCAGUCUUGCUACAGACGCUCUAAGCUGAGAAGCAUUGUAUCACCUGUUUGCAUGUUUUCUUUUAUUUUGGGAGACUGCAUCGUUUUCCUUUUUCACACAGAUAUAGCGGUGUCCCAAAAAAUAUUACUCUCUUUGACUGGCCAUUAGUCAGAUAUUUUGUUUUGAUUCACGGGAGGUGUUCAGUGACUUAGAUACAAGAGUUCAAUUUGACAAAAUAACAUUCAAUUUAAGAUCACUCUGAGACAUAAAAAAAAAAAGUAACGUCUAGUAUUAACUAUCAUUCCUGCGUUCGCUAAUGUUCUAAAUGGUUUCCACGAUUUCAUUUGAAAUUGCGAGACAUUGUCUUCCAAUUUCUUCUGUCAAGUCCUCGAUAGUCGCCGAUUUUUGGGACAUGAACAUUGUUAACGAUAUUCCGACUGAGGCAGGGAUUUCAAUCCAUCUGCAUAAUUUUUCAGGAGCACUUAGCGACAAUUUUUUUUUUUUUUUUUGCAUCAAAAGUUAAUCGGAAUUUACUAUUAGGGUUGUUUUCCCCUGAAAAAAGAAUAUGAGUAAUGGGCAGUCAAAGUCACAUUUUGGGGGGUUAGGCCUACCGUGUUUAUGAAUUUAAGGCCGUCUCACGAUAUCAUAAUUGGUUAUGAUGUACAGUACUUCCGUUUUGUGUUUUUGUUUUUUAAACGAGACAAGGUCUGUCUGUAUUGCCUUUGUUUAAAGUGGUUUUGCUGGAAGUACUGGGACAAUCAGGGUCAUGUCUUGUUUAUUUUGUACAUAGAGAAAGAGGUGUGGAUUUCAUCUGCCCGAGAUCGACUCCAUGCCGCUGAAAUAUAAAGAUUUAC